AUGCAUAUUAAAGCUUUAGUGUUUGUAUUUGCUGUCCUUUGUCUGUCUCUGGUUUCUGGCCAAGACAGCGACUGUGAGCAUUUGCAGUUGCGAUGUGAGGCUUGUGUAAGGACUCUCAAUGACAUAAGUGACAACAGGUUGCCCGUUUUUAAUAAUGAAUGCAGGGCAAAGCUUCAGGGAAUGUGGCGCUGGCGUAAUGUUGGUCGCUGCGAACUCACUAAACUUAAUUGCAUGGGCAUCAAUCGUCGCAUGAACUGUCAAGAUGUGGCAGAAUUGGCUGGUAUGCAAAGUAUUAGGAGGACCUGA